AUGAACGUUUCAAAGGUCAUAAAUAAACCCCUGAAAAAUCUGAAUGUUGCUAUGGUGAUGUUAGUAAAAGCCUGGGAUAUGGAUCUUUAUAACCUGGCUUCACUGGAACUUAGAGAAAAUUUGCUGACAUAUUUACCUGAAUCACUUGCCCAGCUGCAGCGACUAGAAGAACUUGAUUUAGGAAACAAUGAACUUUAUCACUUGCCAGAAACAAUUGGUGCACUUUUCAAUCUUAAAGACCUCUGGUUGGAUGGAAACCAAUUAGCCGAAAUACCUCAGGAAGUAGGAAACCUGAAAAACCUGCUUUGUCUGGAUGUUUCUGAAAAUAAAUUGGAAUGCCUUCCUGAAGAAAUUAGUGGUCUGACUUCUUUAACAGACUUGCUUGUUUCUCAGAAUUUGCUUCAGGUCUUACCUGAUGGCAUUGGAAAAUUGAGAAGGCUCUCCAUUUUGAAGGCUGAUCAGAACAAACUUAUUCAACUAACGGAUUCAAUUGGAGACUGCGAAAGCCUUACUGAACUAGUUCUAACAGAAAACCAGCUGCAGUCAUUGCCGAAGAGCAUCGGAAAACUAAAGAAGCUGAACAAUUUGAAUGCUGAUAGAAACAAAUUAACAUCUUUGCCCAGAGAGAUUGGGGGGUGCUGCAGUCUUAACGUCUUUUCUGUACGUGACAACAGAUUAUCUCGAAUUCCCUCUGAAAUUUCACAAGCCACUGAACUUCAUGUCCUGGAUGUUGCUGGCAACAGGCUGACGUAUCUUCCCCUCUCGCUGACUACCUUAAAGCUGAAGGCUUUGUGGUUGUCUGAUAACCAGUCCCAGCCUUUGCUGACGUUUCAGACUGACACAGACCCUGAAACAGGAGAAAAGAUUUUAACUUGUGUGUUACUUCCUCAAAUGCCUUCUGAGCCUGGUUGCCAAGAUAACCUACCACGAUGUGGUGCACUGGAGAGUUUGGUAAAUGAAAUGUCAGAUGAAACAUGGAAUGAGCGGGCAGUGAAUAGAGUCAGUGCAAUUCGCUUCUUAGAAGAUGAAAAAGAUGAAGAGGAGAAUGAAAUGAGAACACUUCUAAGGCGAGCCACUCCACACCCUGGGGAAUUAAAGAACAUGAAAAAGACAGUGGAGAAUUUACGGAAUGAUAUGAAUGCUGCUAAAGGACUGGAUUCAAACAAAAACGAGGUCAAUAAUGCCAUUGACAGAGUGACCACUUCUGUGUAGAGUUUCAUCUCCAGGUUUUACCUCCUGUGUCUUCCCCUGCUGUUGAAAUGUUCCUGUCGUCUUCUGGGACCUCACUGAGCCCCUUUUUGUUUUUAACCAGAACCUGAUUCAUCAUCUCCAUGUAUGUGAAAAGUGCUGCCCACUGGAAGAAAGUGCCUUAUUUCAUCCAGGCAGUGAACCAAUAAUUUCCAAAUCAAUAUUGUAAUUUUAAUAGUUCUAGGCUUUUUUAAGUAUAUUACACUACUGUAUGCAGAAUACAAUAUUUUUGUCUUAAACACAGGGGAAAUAAUGCUUUUCUUUUCCAGAGUGCUGGGAUAUCUUUUUCCCAGUGGCUGGAUGUGCUGGUGAGAAAUAUAGUUUUGUGGAAAAUUGAUACACUUUUUUAUUUUUUUGGCAGCUCAGAUGGUGUAAAUUUUAAAUUUUUGUAUAGGACUUUCAUAACAAAAUGAUGUAUUUCAUUUUUAAGAGAAAAUUUAUCUUGAGCGGUACAUAUUUUAGUAUUUGUGGAAGAGAACAAGUUUCAUGGACAACUGUAUUCAUUCAUUUGUACCACCCAUUGUGCCUUAUUGUGUCAUGUAUGUCAUAUUAGUCUUAAAUAUAGCGAUUCUUGAGGAAAGUGAGUAGAUUUAAACUUGGUCUCCUGUUUUAGGUAUGUUUUUCUUUUUGGACAGUAAUUUGUUGGGAUUUUUACAGCAGAGAACUUAUGUUUAUAUCAUGGGAUUUUAGGUCGUGAAGCACAAAUGUUACUUUGUUGUAAACAGAAUUAAGAUUAAAAUGACCAAACUGCUAUUUGUUUAUUACAUGAUGCACUCACACUUUAACUUAGUUGUAAUGAAACAUCUUGUUUUGGAUGCCGUGUUGCAUUGCAGUCACUAGAAAUUCAUGCUUCCAUUGGUUUUUGUUUUUUUUUUAAAUGUGCCAUCUGUAAAAUAACUUGAAAAAGAGCACGAUAGACUUUCAGAAGCACAGUAUGAAACUAGUUUUAUGUAUUACACAAGAAAGCAUGAUUCUUUAAAGUGCUUUGGUUUUAUAUAAAUAUAUAAAACCAUAACAAUAAUAAAAAAAAAUCUUGAAAAG